UUGGGAUUGCCGGCAUGGGAGGAGGGCUGUUUCGAGGCCAUCAGCCAUGCCGUCUUCAAGUUCGAUAUCCUCGUAGGCGCACCAUUCGGCGUGGGACAGAUUGGAGAAUAUUCUCUCGCAAGAAUCAAACCCUCAUGCAAGCUCUACCCUCCCUGGAAACCAUCACUGGUCGUCGUCGACGAGACCGGUCGCAUACCAGAAGUCCGGUGGUGGAUUACAGUCUCAGUCUUCCCUGACGCGGUCAUCCUCAUAAUAGGAGACACCGGCCAGUCUAAGCCUACGCCGAGCAGCGUCAGACAGCUCACCGACCAAGCCCACGGCAGGAACCCUAAGCCCGAAUGGAAGUGCGUCUUCGGCUACAAACGAACCCUGUCCAUCUUCAAGCGCGUCGAGGCGUGCGACCAGAUUCUCGGCCAUCUCUCCAACGACCGCCGCAAUAGGGGCGACAUCGCCAACUGGGCUCGCGAGGAAAGCUGGCCGAGAUCAUGA